GACUUGCGUGUUUGAAUAUCGAAAGCUCUCGAUAGACGCAAUCGCAGCAAACAAAACAAACGCACAGAAAUUCUUCGAAGUGUCAAGAUGAAGUCGUGUUUCAGCUGAAAAACUAUUUCGCGUUGUUUUUUCGAGAAAACUCGGUCUGAUUGCCGGUGAAAGUGUGCAUAAUUGUGUCAGUGAUUAUGUCGGACUCUACUACGAAUUUUCCGCCGCAAACAUACUCGUCUUCAUUUUAUAUUAACGCCUUGGCUGAGGAUGAGAAAACUUCUUUAGUGCCUAACGUCGAUGUACCCAACGAUGUUGAGUCAAGAAACACACCUAUUUUGGACUGCUUCAUAUCAACGUUCCUGUCUGGUAGUAGGAAACAUUCACAGAAGGUAGAUAUCGGCAACAAAAAGGUAAUAAUACACUUAGUUGAUAGGCAAGUUUCUUGUAUACAACUUAUCCACCCAAAAAUAAAAGAUAUUCAAUGCGAUAUUGGAAAAAAUUCCCAAUAUCGCAG